UUAAUAACUCUGGAAGGGGCUGGAGAGGGGUGGGGAAGAGCGAGCUAGGUUAGUCAAGGAGAGUUCUGUGGAAAAACUGAGACCUGAGCACAUGGGGCAGAAGGGACAUUGGACAGGGUUCCAACAAGUAGAAGGGUCUCAGCAAAGCUGCAGAGAAGGUAUAGAUACUCCCAGGGUUGAGGACAGUAAAUGGAAACCUCACUGAGAGGCAGGAGCUGGAAGGUGUUGGCAGCCUAAGUUAGUUUUAAGGAAGAUAAACAGUGCCUGUUUUGUUGCCAUUAGCCAUCCCUGAUAAUCAGAGGUGUGUGUAAUGUCACUUUGAGAAUGGGCUAGUGCCCCUCGGGGACUUAAACUUCUCCCACUGGAGAUGAAUCUCCCCAAAGCUCCAGUGAGGGUGGAAAAAAGAUCCACAGGAGGAAAUCCUGGAGUCUUGGACUGCGACUGGUUUUUGCUUUCACUGCUGUGAAAACAGCUCAGUGGGCAAGUGGUCUAUCAGGUAAAAUGUCGGUUCCAGGACCUUACCAGGCAGCCGCUGGGCCUUCCUCGGUGCCGACCGCGCCCCCGUCCUAUGAAGAGACGGUGGCCGUCAACAAUUACUACCCCACGCCUCCAGCACCCGUGCCUGGGCCAACUACGGGGCUCAUGACAGGCCCGGAUGGGAAGGGCAUGAAUCCUCCUUCGUAUUACACCCAGCCGGUGCCGGUCCCCAAUGCCAAUGCAAUCGCUGUGCAGACGGUCUACGUGCAGCAGCCCGUCUCCUUUUUCGACCACCCUGUGCAGAUGUGCUGUCCUUCCUGCAACAAGAUGAUCGUGACUCAGCUGUCCUACAACGCCGGUGCCCUCACCUGGCUGUCCUGCGGGAGCCUGUGCCUGCUGGGGUGCGUAGCGGGCUGCUGCUUCAUCCCCUUCUGCGUGGACGCGCUGCAGGACGUGGACCACUACUGUCCCAACUGCAAAGCUCUCCUGGGCACCUACAAGCGUUUGUAGGACUCAGCCGGACGUGGAGGGAGCUGGGUGCUGCAGGAAUUCCCUUCUGACUCUCGUCCAGCCCCGCCCGUGGUGGAGGUUCUGCUCCGGUUGUCUCAGCUCUCCAGGGGGCCCACCUUCAUGUCUUCUUUUGGGGGGAAAAAUGUCACAAAACUAACAAACCUCCAAACCCCAGAAA